CCCCCUAUUAGCAUGAACUACCAGGAUAGAAGGACUCAUUUUGUUGUUGACCAGAACUUCUUGGAAACUAAAGUUCGUCAAUUCAAUAAGAUACUUGCCUGCAAAAGUCUGGAAACUUUGCUGAUUCCAGACUUCUUUUACAACUGGAAACCUUUUAUCGCAAUGAACCGAGAGGCCAAGAAUCAGCCGCAGCUAAACGGAGUUGAAUACCUCUAUACCGGGUGUGACUGUCAAAGAUGUAUUGAAACUCGGCAAUUGUUAUCCCAAUAUAUCGAAAAGCUGAGUUUUGGUAACAAAGACAUGUCUUCCACUUACAACUUUCUAGUUGGACUUCUGCAUACUCGUCUGACUAAAUUUGAGACCAGCUCCGGAUUGGAUAUCCUCAAUUAUCCUGUAUUGGACCCUAUCGAAGUCUCGCACUACGGCUACUUGGGCAUUGAUCUUUCAAGGAUGGUACAAUUGAUCUUAGAUAAUAUGCUUGAAGAUCUGAAUUUUGUCGUUCUAAAACUCCCAAAGCUAAAACUGCUCAGCCUUGGCGGUAUCCACAUAGCGAUUCAACGCACCAAAAACGAGAUAAAAAUGAAUGCUGUGCAAGAUGACUGGAGUUCAACACUGCGUCGAUCGACCUAAAUAUUUUUCAGAGUUUAUUUAUGUAUUUCUUAAUUAGGAAUAGUCUUAACGCUA